AUGAUCAAUCCUCAGGACGUUUACGAUGUAGAUGGCGUUGAUGAGCCUAUGAAUGGGGAGCCACAAGAGCCACAGGUGAUAGUUGAAGACCAAGACCAAGUUGCCGAGGAAGAAGACGAGCUGGAGGACAUGGAUCUGGAUUCUAAUAAAGACCAUGGAGAGGUAGCUGAGGUAGGGUCAGACGUGGAGAUAGGAUCUGACGAAGAGCUAGGAGUGGAUGACGAUCUCUACCUAGAUCCAGAGUUAGAGCAGGACUCUGAAGACGAGCGAGCCCAAGCCGAAGAUAUGGAUUCUGAACCAUCCGAGUCUUCAGAGAAUCCUUCUGAGGAGCCAUUGGAUGACACUACUGGAUCUUCCAAUCCUGAGUGGGAACCCUAG